GCUGCAGAGCAAGGCGGCGACAGUCAGCACUGGGGCUGGCCUGGGCCUGCAGAACAAGCCGGUGGCGCAGGCGAGCCAGAGAAAGAGGACCUUUAUGCCUUUCGGAGGGAAACACACACUCUGCAGGGCAGUGGAAACAAAGAGAAGAACUGUUUGUAGCCCUAAUCCAGACGUCCCAGACAAACAAAAAACACUUUCCCAUCGACCCACAACACAACCAUCAAAACAGAGAAACAAGCACAGAUUCAUCACUACCAUCGAAUCCUCAGACUCCUUUCAAGUUUCACCAAUUAUCGCAAUCCUGUCUUUUUAUCCCGACAAGGAGCCAGUCCAGAAUCAUUCUUGCAUUUAGCUAUGUCUGUUUAGUCUCCUUCAGUCUGGAAAAACAACUCCUCAGGCUUUCCUUGACUCUUCAUGACCUUGACACUUUCGAAGAUCAUAGAUGCUAUGGCGUGUCCCUCAGUGAAGAUCCUCCAUGACCCAUUAAAGAAGGUGUGAUGACCAUCGUAUGCUACCUGAAGUCCUGCCCUCCUUCUGUUGUAAGGAGUUUGAUUCUACAAAAGAAACCAAACAUCAGAAACAUGUCCAGCAUGGCUGGAGGGCUCCGACCAGCCAGCGUGGUGGUCCUGCACAGGUCCCUCACCCCGGCCUUCGAAAAGUUCUGCCAGGCCAACAGUGGCCCUCUACCCCUGCUGGGCCACAGCGAGCCAGGCCAGUGGACACUGCCCACCCUGGGCACUGUCCCAGACACCAGGACGGGAAGCCCCCAGUUCCGUAAGUAUGAGUUCGGAGCCUGCACGGGUAGCCUGGCCUCGCUAGAGGAGCACUCGGAACAGCUCAAGGACAUGGUGACCUUCUUCCUGGGCUCGAACUUCUCCCCAGAAGAGGCCUUGGAGAAGGUGGGGCUCCCCAGGAGAGACCCAGCAGGCCACGGCUACGUGGGUGCAUACAAGACAGCAGUGCCUUGCGUCCACAUUGCUGGCUUUUGCUGCCCUCUGGUGGUCACAAUGAGGCCCAUCCCCAAGGACAUGCUGGAAAGGCUGGUGCAGACCAGUUGCUCCAUGGUGGGUGAGCAAGGACAACCCAUUCACAUCGGCGACCCAGAACUGCUGGGAAUCAAAGAUCUUUCCAAACCUGACUACGGGGAUCCAGUGCUGUGUCAGCCAGGGGAUGUCCCAGUGUUCUGGCCUUCUCCGCUAACCAGCCUCGAAGCCGUCAUCAGCUGCAAAACUCCGCUGGCUUUCACGAGCGCACCGGGUUGCACGGUCAUGACCGACCUGAAGGAUAUGGAGGCUUCAGCCAGGUGUCCCAUCCCUGAGGGAAUUCCAGAGGUCCACCUCAUUUCCCAGGAUCCUUUGCACUACAGCAUCACAUCAGCUUCAGCUGCUCAGAAGAUCAGGGAACUCGAAACUAUAAUUGCCGUAGACCCAGGCAACAGGGGGAUCGGGCACCUGCUCCGUAAAGAUGAGCUGCUGAGGGCCUCCCUGUCGCUGUCCCAUGCCCACUCUGUGCUCCUCACCACUGGGUUCCCCACGCAUUUCAAACACGAGCCUCCGGAAGAGACAGAUGGUCCCCCCGGAGCCAUUGCUCUGGCCACCUUCCUGCAGGCCUUGAAGAAGGGCGUCUCCAUGAUCGUUGACCAGAGAGCCUUGAGUUUGUUCGAGAAGCUUGUUGAAGAGGCUGUUGAGCAAGGUAUUCUGAAGACACAGACCCCAAUAUUAACUUACCAAGGCAGAUCAGCGGAAGCAGCUCAGGCGUUUCUCUGUGAAAAUAGGAACCCCACGUCUCCUAGAUUCGACCACCUGGUGGCGAUAGAGCGCGCAGGAAGGGCUGCCGACGGCAAUUAUUACAACGCGAGGAAAGUGAACAUCAAGCACUUGGUUGACCCCAUUGACGAUCUUUUCCUUGCUGCGCAGAAGAUUCCUGGAAUCUCAUCAACUGGGGUCGGUGAUGGAGGUAAUGAGCUUGGGAUGGGCAAAGUCAAGGAGGCUGUGAAGAACCACAUACGAAACGGGGAUGUCAUCGCCUGUGACGUGGAGGCUGACUUUGCUGUCAUCGCUGGUGUUUCUAACUGGGGAGGCUAUGCCUUGGCCUGCGCUCUGUACACCCUGAACUCAUGUGAGGUCCAUGGACGUUACCUGAGGAAGGCAAUUGGGCCCUCCAGAGCACCUGAGGAACAGAGCUGGACUCAGGCCCUCCCAUCCAUCACUAAGGAAGAAAAAAUGUUGGACAUCCUGGUAAGGCAUGAAGUCCGGAGUGGCGUCUCGGGCAACGUGGGCAUGGAGGUGGACGGGCUGCCCUUCCACGGAACUCACACCCAGAUCAUCCAGAAGCUGCUGGAUAUCACCACGGGGAGCGUGUGACCACACAUGUUACAUGCAUGUGGAGUGCGUACCAGAUGGCCACGCCUGGAUCUAGGGAAGACAUCCCGAGGGUCCCGCCUCCUUUCUACAAUUGCUUAGCCAGUGAACACCAGCCCCAGGUGAGCUUGUACGCUGCCUGGACGCUGUGUGCCCGCUUCCUGGGAGGGGGUAGUGCAGGUGGACCAAGGCAAUGUUUCGUUAGGGUGUCCGGUUUUUGCUUUUAUUCCUCAAGUGCUAGAGGCAUUGAUUUCAACCGCCCUUCAUCCUGGCUUCUUCAGGUCUCCCACGUGGUCUGCUCUGAGAGUCUCCUGACCAAUCACUUAUGGGGACACAAGUGAGCCAUUAACUCCCAGGCAGACAAAAGAGCAGACGUCACCAGGCCAGGAACAAUCCCCCAGGCUAGUUAAGAAAUAAUAGAAUGUACGAAUGUGUUCUGUAUAUUUACGAAGCUCUGGGACUCUGUUAAAGGUUUACGCACCACCACGAACAACAAAUA